AUGGGUCCUAGUCAGAAACUACACGCAUAUGGGGCCGAGCCGGGAAGUUCUGGCCUCCCGGAUGUCGCUUAUUCCCGGACGGCCAGUGGCAGGCAAUCCUUUGAUCGAGCGAUUCGUCCAGCAAUGGAGCAGCCGCAGUCUGGCGCUCACGGCACACCAAGACUGCAUCAUGCAAAGUCCGAGGCCACCUUUCACGAACCGCAAGCCGCCGUCUUUGAGAUGGCGGGAGACAUUCCAUCGAUGCCUCCGGUGCCACAAGGGCAGCCUUUCCAGCCAGAGUACAACCAGGCGCACGCGAGCACAUCGCCCGCUGCCGGCUACGACCAGUUGCCUCCUCGGGGCCCAAGUGCACCGCCUGGCUCGAUUCACAGCAGCAGAAGACCCGGCGGAACUGACGGGUAUAACUCUGCAUCCUCUGUGGCCUCCAACGCCGACUCCCUCCCGGCCCACCCCACGCCUGUCCGUCCAGGAUUGAUGCCCAACUCGGUGGUCAAUCUGAAAGACAGGCCUCCACCUGUGCGAAAUUACGGAGGGACGGUGCAGCAACAACCGCCGCCAUCUUCGUCAUCGCAACAAUACGAACAGUACAUGCCGCAGCAGCAGCAGCAGCAGCAGCAGCAGCAACAGCAGCAACAGCAGCAACAGCACAUGCCUGUACAUCGGGUUGGGCACCAAGCUCCAGAAAUGUCGAAAAAUCAGGAACCAGUCACCGCGCAACAACUGGAGCGUUUGCGAAUGGCGAUCAAGAUCAACUCAAACGAUCAGGAGUCGGCUUUGCGGCUGGCAAAAGGGCUCAUUGAAGCGGCUGAUGUUCUGGCGUCAAAGCUGCCAGACGCUAAACAGCGAACGAAGGGGCGCGAACGCUACCUCUUGGAUGCACAAAAGGUCCUCAAGAAGCUCUCCAGUGCCCAGAAUCAAGAGGCCAUGUUUCUGCUGGCGGACAGCCUCGGCAAGGGCCUCUUUGGAAACGAGCCGGAUAACAAAGAGGCAUUCACUCUAUACCAGUCUGCGGCCAAGCUGGGACACGCUGCUGCAGCGUAUCGGACGGCAGUUUGCUGCGAGAUUGGGCAUGAGGACGGCGGAGGCACUCGCAAGGACCCCAUCAAGGCGAUGCAGUGGUACAAGCGCGCGGCCACACUUGGAGAUCCUCCGGCAAUGUACAAGGUGGGUAUGAUCCUCCUGAAGGGAUUGCUAGGUCAACAAAGAAACCCGCGCGAGGCCGUGGGGUGGCUCAAGCGCGCAGCCGAGAGAGCGGAUGCGGAAAACCCGCACGCGCUGCAUGAACUUGGAUUGCUGUACGAGUCGGCGCAGCCCAACGAUACCAUCAUCCGCGACGAGCGGUAUGCCUUGAGUCUGUACCAGCAAGCUGCGGAGCUGGGUUACAAGUUCUCGCAAUUUCGGCUCGGCCUAGCGUUUGAGCAUGGACAGCUAGGCGUCGAAAGAGAUCAUAGACAGUCAAUCUACUGGUAUUCGCAAGCGGCCCAGCAGGAAGAACACCAAUCAGAGCUGGCACUGAGCGGCUGGUACCUUACCGGGAGCCCAGGCGUCUUGAACCAGAGUGAUACGGAAGCUUACCUCUGGGCCAGAAAAGCAGCCGUGUCGGGACUGGCAAAGGCGGAGUACGCCAUGGGAUACUUUACCGAGGUGGGCAUCGGCGUAGCUGCCAACAUGGAGGAUGCAAAGAGGUGGUAUUGGAGAGCUGCAGCCCAGGAUUAUCCCAAGGCAAGAGAUCGCCUCGAAGAUCUCAAACGCGUAGGCAAGAACGGGCCGGCCAGACCACGCGAGCGCAUCUCACGGAGUCGAAUGGAGCGGCAGCAGCAAGAUGGCGAUUGUACCAUAAUGUGA